CCGAAGUGUUACGUUUUAGCCACCAACGUCUUCAAAAAUAGCCGGCGGGCCGGUUCGUCGUCAUUUUUAACUUUUACAGCAUAUUCAUAACACUUUCCAAACUUAUUAUUAACGAAUUACUUGGGCUUAUUGUAAUCUUCUUAGAGGGACAAUAAUGGCCUACAGUUGGGACAAUCGUGUAAACUUCGUGGUACGAUACUUGUACGAUUUAGAUGGUAAUGGCUACUUAGAUGAGAAAGAUUUUGCAUGUCUAGCUUUAAGGGCAACGAUAAUCGAAGGCAAAGGAGAAUUCAGUUUUAAUCGUUUACAAGAGAAUCAACACAUUAUGUUGAGCUUAUGGGAAGAAAUUGCAGAGCUUGCGGAUUUAAAUAAAGACCUUUUACAGGAUGGUAAAAUAACAGUCGAGGAAUUCAAACAAGCUGUUCAACAAUGUUGUUUGGGUAGAAGGUACGAAGAUUUUCCACAAGCGAUGAAAAUGUUUAUAGAUUCCAAUUUCAAAAUGGUAGAUCUGAAUGACGAUGGAGUUAUAGCAGCGGACGAAUAUAGAUUUAACUGUAUUACUAAAUUUCCAAUAGAUGACGUAGAAAUUGUAGAUGAAGCUUUUAAUAAUUUGCUUAAUGAUGAUGACAGAAGAAGAGGAGGUAUUACGUUAUCGAGAUAUCAAGAGCUUUAUGCAGAAUUUCUAGGAAAUCCAGAAGAAUCUUCAGCUGUAUAUUUGUUUGGUCCCCUCUCAGAAUUUUUCUAUUAUGAUGAUUUAGACAUUUGAUGAGGUUAAUAUAUUAUGGAAAUCACUAUUGUCAAUAACUAAUAAGUUUUUUUGUAAUAAUUAUUAAACACCAACAGAAAAUUAUAUACUUUUUUAAAGCUCCUAUAUAA